ACAGUCCAACAUAUUCGCUUUCGCGGGACUCGCGAUACUUGCGACGCUCACGACGACGUCCCGCGUAAAAGUCAUCGUUUUUUAUUUUUAUUUUUUUAUUAUUUAUUGUCUCGGUGAAUCGUUUCAAACUAUAAGAUAACAAUGUAUCUAAAGUAUUGUUUACUAGUAAUAUUAUUCGAAAUAUUUGGAGGCUGCGAAAGCGCUUUACCGUACAGGCCCGUUGUUGUCAUUCAUGGGGUUCUCACGGGCAGUGACAGUAUGGAAAUAAUAAGCGAUCGCAUUCAGGAAAUUCAUCCAGGAACGCAAGUUUUUAAUACUCCAAGAUACGCAGGAUGGAGCAGUUUAGAACCAAUGUGGCAUCAAGUAGAAGAAAUAGGCUCAGACGUGAUGGCGAUAGCAGCAGCAUUUCCAGAGGGAAUAAAUUUGUUGGGUUACAGUCAAGGCGGCUUGAUAGCGAGAGCCAUUUUGCAGAGAUUUCCUAACCACAACGUGCGCAAUUUUAUUUCGCUGAGUUCUCCACAAGCAGGACAAUUUGGCACCAAAUUUCUGCAUUUAUUCUUCCCGGAUCUUGUCUGUGAAACAGCCUACGAACUGUUUUAUUCAAAAAUCGGACAGCACACAAGUGUGGGGAAUUAUUGGAACGAUCCUGACCAUCAAAAACUCUACUUCGAGUACAGCAAGUUUUUACCAUUCGUAAACAACGAGGAGCUCUCGUCAAACUCAACGGACUUCAAAGCGGCUCUGACCAAAUUAAAGCGCAUGGUUUUGAUCGGUGGCCCGGAUGACGACGUCAUAACGCCCUGGCAGAGCAGCCAGUUUGGAUAUUUCGAUUACAACAAAACGGUCGUCGAGAUGAAAGAUCGUGAGAUUUAUAGGAAAGAUGCGAUAGGCCUGCAGACCCUCGACAAAGCUGGAAAAUUGAAGCUCCACACAGUGCCUGGAAUCAAACAUUUUCAAUGGCACAAAAACGUCUCGCUCGUCGAUUUAUAUAUACUACCGUAUCUCGAUUGAACUAGAAGAAAUUUCAUAACGAACAACAAAGGCGAUACUUGCCUAAGUUUAUCGAAGGCUCGAAUAUUUCAUAAUUUAACUUCAAGGGCUUACGUAGAAGCAAACGUGUCAAAAACGAGAUUAAUUUGAUGCUGUUUUUUCACAUAAAUUAACGAAAAGUAGGCAAAACUUCGAUUCUGAAAUUUCGAUCGAAAAAACGAAAAACUUUAAACGCCAAUCCCUUUUAGACUGAUUUUGCAAUGCUACGGUGAUCUGAAUACCAAAAUAAAUAUCCGUUGUUGAAAGUUUUUCCUUUUUUUGCGUAAAUGAGUAAAAACUACGUUCGUUCAUCCGAAGGAUUCUCCACAAUAUUGUGUCAAAUAACUUUCGAUGAUCUGCAUUAUCCACAAAGAAAGCAAUGAACGAAAAACCUUUUGUAAGUUUUCGUAGACUUUUGAAAACGUAGUACGCGAACUCUGUGAUCGAUCGAAAGACUUUUGGUACAAAUUUAUGAAUUAAGAAUAAUGAACUAACGAUUUCAGAAUCGGUACGUUUGAUAGAAAAUUCAAUGUUCAAUGUUUCAACGAAACUAAAUGUAACGUUGGUAAAAAUGUAUUUAUCGAGGUUCGAACAAAGUGCAAGAUGCAUGACAUUUUAUACGCAACAUGAACAAAACGUUGACCACAAACGUCAAAUAAAAAUCAUUUUGGCAUAUCAA